UUAUGUCAUUCUGUCAAUCAAUACAAAAUUUUUAAAUCGCAAAAACAAAAAAUGGAUAAACAUUCCAAAGUAAAAAAUCGUAGGAAAAUAAUAAGUCCGGUUUUUCAUUUGCAAACCAAAGCUGAAGAUGAGAAGCACUUCUCCAAGGAGGUCGUAAAGAGUGUCAGGAAAACCGGAGUUUUAAAUUUAAGUGGAAAGCAUUUGGCUUCUGUGCCUGAAAAACUCUUUUCGAUAUAUGAUUUUACUGAUGAAAAUGUAGUAAACCUUGAUUUUAACAGACCAGAUAGAGACGAUGAGUUAUGGUGGAACCUAAAACCAUUAACAAAUUUAGAUUUAAGUUCUAAUGUUUUAACAGAAGUGCCCGGUCGUAUUGCCACGUUCCAAGACUUAACAAUAAUUAAUUUGCAAGAUAAUUCUUUAACCUGUUUGCCUGCAGAAAUAACUACAUUAACUAAAUUAACUAGACUGAUAUUAAAUCAUAAUAAAAUUAAUACACUACCGAAUGAUAUCGAUAAGCUUAUUGACCUGCGAGUUUUGAGAAUUAGCCAUAACUUACUGGAAGAACUUCCUGAUAGUUUGGUGGAUUUGGUAAUGUUAGAGACCUUGGAUUUAUCGUAUAACUCUAUAGAAAAACUACCUUCUGGAAUAGGGUUUUUAGUAAGACUUACGGAUUUGAAUGUUUCAAACAAUAAAAUAAAGACGUUGCCGCCAGAUAUAGUGAAUUUAAGAAGCUUAAUAAGGCUGGAUAUAAAUUAUAACAAUAUUAAACAUUUACCUGAGAGCUUGGGUGAAUUGAGGAAACUACAGUUGUUAUACGCUCAACAUAAUGACAUAGAAGAAGUUCCUGAUUUCACUGGUUGUGAAUCUUUGCAGGAAAUAUACCUUGGCAACAAUUUUAUCAAGGAAAUUCCACCAGAACUGCAUGAAAAUUUGCUUCAACUAAAAAUCCUAGAAUUGAGAGAUAAUCAAAUUGAAAUUUUACCAAAAGAAAUUGCCAAAAUGGUUCACCUAACCCAGCUUGACUUAUCUAACAAUGAAUUAACCGAAAUAACUCCGUUUUUGGGUUUGUUGCCACAUUUGCACUCUUUAAAAUUGGAAGGUAAUAAGUUGAAGCAGAUCAGGGGCGAUAUAAUACAUACAGGGACACAAAGAAUACUACAGUUUCUUCGAGAAAAGUUAAAAGAAGAGGAUCUUACUGAGACAGACAGUGUUGUUCUUGUACCGAGUGAUGCUUGUGUAUUUCCUGACAGGUAUAAAAUGCGGAAUGGUAAUAUAUUGAAUUUAACGAUGAAAAAUUUAGCAACUAUACCAGAUGAAGUAUUUUCUGAAGCAGAGGAAGCAAAAGUUUCUGUAGUGGAUUUGUGUAAAAAUAAACUUACAACUGUGCCUUCUGGUUUGCAAAAACUAUCAAAUUACCUUACAGAGUUGAACUUGUCAGCAAAUCAAUUGAAAGAAAUUCCCGAUUUUGUUGGUUGUUUUACAAAACUGAAGUUUUUGGAUUUGAGCAAUAAUGCCUUAAAUGAUUUGCCAGAUAUUUCACUUUCCAAUCUCAGAGAAUUGGUUCUAUUUAAUAACAGAUUUUCAAAAAUACCGCAGUGUGUGUUUGGAAUGACAGGCCUGGAAAUACUCAUGUUAAAUGACAAUAAACUGGAUGAAAUUGAUGUGGUUGGCUUACAAAAACUAACUAGAUUAUCGACUUUGGAUUUGACAAAUAAUAACAUUAAUUUUGUUCCUCCAGAGUUAGGAAAUAUGACCCAUAUAAGAUGCUUAGAAAUCAAAGGGAAUCCUUUCAAACAGCCAAGAUACGCCAUUUUGGAACAAGGCACUGAAUCAGUAUUAGCAUAUUUAAGAGACAAAAUUCCUAGAUAAACAUACUCAUAAAACAUUAAUUUUAAGUAGAUUUUAAGCACAAUUUUGUUAUUUUAAAGCUAUUAUAUUAGGUACAAAAACUAUUGUACACUGGUUAUUUUUUGUGUUAGUUGUUUUGUGAUAUAGUUUACUAUUGUUUUUUUUGUUAUUGAUAUUAAUAUUUCUUUAUAUUUUUGCCAUACAUAAUUAUUUUAUA